CGUUUAUCGGUUUUAGCGUUUGCGUCUAUCGCUACCAUGAAGCUUGACUUUUGUUCUGCUCUUUGUUCCUAGGAGUUUGCUGCUUUUUGGCGGGGCUACGCGAGGAGCGCUCUGCUCCUCGUCGGGACAUCUGAUCACUUCCAAUUACUGUUAACAACUAUACAAAUUUAGCCAUGUCAAGCGCGAACGGAACUGCGUGGGUGCUUCAGGCGGCGCUUCAAGGCCUAUCUGCGCCCUCUGGCAAGGACUAUAUAGCAGCAGCUCGAUUUUCUGGACCAAAGCCCGGAUAUGUCUUCAAGACGGGAGAGCAUGGCCUCGGGUACUACCUUGACCCUCACCAGGCGGAUUCCCAGCACGAUGGCGCCUCCGGCUCCGCUGCGGGCCCAAGCGGCAGCGGCGGCGCUGGUGCAGGUGGCAGCGGAGGAGAGGGCGGUCAUCAGCAGCAAGAGCUUGACCCUGAGGAGCUGCUGCGUCAGGCGGAGGAGGAGGCUAACAUCGACCAGAUCCAGGUGUUGGAUGCCAAGUCACUGCGGCGGCUGGUGGCGGGGCUGGACAAGAAGUACAAGGAGAACAUGUCGCUGCGACUCAAGUACUCGGAGCAGCCCGACCGCUUCCUGGACUCGGAGGUGGACCUGGACGAGCACAUCAAGUCGCUCAUGCAGGUAGCCGGCAGUCCCGAGCUGUACCCGGUGCUGCUGGAGGGCGGCUGCCUGCCCACCCUGCUGGCGCUGCUGGCCCACGAGAACACCGACAUCGCGGCGGAUGUGGUGGAGCUGCUGGCGGAGCUGACGGGGGCGGACGCCGCCGAGGAGUACGGCCCCGAGGCUCGCGGGCUGGUGGAGGGGCUGGUUGAGGCCAACGCGCCGGAGCUGCUGGUGCAGCGGCUGCUGGGGUUCAGGGAGGAGGCGGCGGAGGAGGAGGCGCGCGCGGUGCACAACUGCCUGGCGGUGGUGGAGAACAUGGUGGAGAUCCAGCCCGACCUCUCCUCCCUGUUCGUGGAGCGCACCCGGCUGCUGCCCUGGCUGCUGCGCCGCCUCAAGCGCAGGGACUUCGACACCAACAAGCAGUACGCGUCCGAGAUACUGGCCAUACUCAUGCAGGGCUCCCCCUCCAACCAGGCCCGCCUGGGUGCGGAGAACGGCAUCGACCUGCUGCUGACGUGCGUGGCGCAGUACAAGAGCCGCGACCCGGCCCCGGGCGAGGAGGAGGAGUACAUGCAGAACUGCUUUGACGUGCUGUGCGCCUGCCUCAUGCAGCCCGCGCACAAGAGCGCGUUUGUAAAGUCGGAGGGUGUGGAGCUGAUGCAGCUGAUGCUGCAGUCACGGCGGCAGUGCCGCUACGGCGCCCUCAAGUGCCUGGACUACGCCGCCACCCGCUUCCCGCCGCCCGCGGAAAAACUGGUGGACCUGGGCGGACUCAAGCAGCUGUUCGGGCUGUUCAUGGGCAAGGCGAAAGUCAAGGGACCCAUGGGCGAGCACGAUGUGGAUGCGGAGGUGGAGGAGCGGUGCGUGUCGCUGCUGGCGUCCAUGCUGAGUCAGCUGCCGGGCGGGGGCGGGGGCGGGCGGGGCGGCAGCCGGCGGGAGCGGCUGCUGGCCAAGUUCGUGGAGGCGGAGUGGGAGAAGACAGACCGGCUGAUGGAGCUGAUGUUCAGGUACCAGGCCCGGGUGCGUGCGGAGGAGAAGCGGCUGGCGGCGGCGCUAGCAGAGGCGGACGAGGGGGAGCAGGUUGACGAGGAGGAGCUGCUGCUUGCGCGCAUGGACGCGGGUCUGUUCACGUUGCAGCAGUGCUGCCUCAUCUUCGGCAACCUGUGGGCCACGGGGGACGUGGGGCUGCGGCGGCGGCUGCUGGGGGCGCUGCACCAGAAGGGGCAGACGCUGGGGCCAGUCAGG